CCUCAUCAGCUCCAACAGUUUCAUUCUAUCAUUCACUUCUUUUGCUUCUCUCCCGCCGGACGGACACUCUUUUUCUUGCAAUCUUAACGUUCAUUUCCCGAAAAGCUUUCGCUCAAUUUCAAACUACAUCUCUCUUUCAAACGACAAGAUGAAGUUCACUCUCCAGUCCGCCGUCCUCGCCCUCGCCUUCGCCCUCCAGGCGAGCGCCGCCGCCGUCGAGGACCCCUCGAUGGCCGCCGUCCGCCGCAACACCCUCCUCAUGGAGCGCCAGGGUGCCAACGCCAACCGCCCCGUCCCCAACGGCUCCUGCUGCAUCGCCAACACGAGCUUGAAGCAGGAUGUCUGCAACGUCAACGGCCAAACUGGCCGCUGCGUUCCUGACAACAUCAACAACUGCGGCGCCAAGUUGACCUGCAUCGAGGACAGCAGAUUGACCUGCGACCCGAACACCCUCGAGCGCGGCCGCCCCCUUUGCCGCCGUCGCCAGGGUGCGUAAAUCAGUGGCUAUGAAGUAAUUGUAAGGGAAGGGGUAACUUGCAAGCAAGAAGCUUAUUGAUCAUGGUCGUGUUGCACGUUACCUUCCAUAGUCAGACCAAAAAAAUAUGAAUGAUAAUGAGUCUCUGGAGAGAUGGAAAAAAAAGAGCACG